AUGACUUACGCAGCUACCUCACCACCCUCGGCCGUACAUGGCGACACGGCAGCAAGUUUAAAACUUGCGGCUUCAGGCCCCAGGCCCAAGCUACAACACGUUUUAACCUCACCAUCAUCCGUCCCUCCUGCUCCAGCACCUACGUACACUUCCGCAUACUCAUCCACUUCGAAUUCUCUACAACCUUCUUCCAACCCGUCAAAUGACUCCAGCCCUUCGGGCACUCCUUUCCUAUCUGCAGCCGACUCGCUUCGGGGUCGGAAUAUACCGCUUCCCCCUACAUCUUCACCCUCCCUGGAGCUUGGGGAGAGCGCCAUGGCUGUCCCUGCAACCAUCAGUACCUCUUCUCCGGCGGACACCAUUAUCCCGAACCCUAACAAAGGCCCGGGCUUAAUGCGCAGAAUAUCUAGAGGCGCGGCGAACAAAUUGACUCGACGAACCUCAACCUCCCAAAAUGACAAGCGUGACCGCAGCUCUGGGCCCGUUAUCAUGCGCAGGCGCAGUGACAGUAAAACUGGAACGCAAAAUGGCCGCGAGAGUGCCCUAGAAUCCAGUUACGAGGAAGACAGCAACGAUGCUCUCGAUUCUUUGGGUGCUUGGUGUGGCUCAGAACCAUCCAGCCUACCAAAAGACAAUGUCACGGCUGUUACUCGCAACACGGGUGUCGUUGCGCCUACGAUUGAUUCGGCUAUCCAGCGUGGGACUAUCCUGACCAAGGUAACCAGAAAGAGAAGGAAGCAGGUGCGUUUUCUGCUCAACCUUGAUGCUGGGAAGGUCUAUUGGGAUCCCUCAAACCCAGCCAAACGAUUCUAUAUCGACGAUGUCAAGGAAAUUCGCGUUGGCGCGGAUGCGCGCAACUAUCGAGAGGAACACCAGGUUUCCCAAGAAGCGGAGAGCCGAUGGUUCACAAUUGUUAUUGCUGAUGCCGAGCGAUCCAAGGGUCGACCAGUCAAAACAAUUCACCUUAUUGCGCCGAACGACCGUCUCCUAGAGCUUUGGACUACGACUUUAGAGUACAUAUCGCGAUACAGAAUCGGGUUAAUGGCCGGUUUGGCUGCUUCGACCCAGAACGAACCGGUUUUAAAAGCCCACUGGCAGCGCGAAAUGACGAGGUUAUUUCCGAACGGGAUGAAACCGGGAGACGCCGAGGCUCUGGACUUUGCAGCGGUCGAAAGCGUUUGUCAAAGUUUACACAUCAAUUGUUCCCAAAACAUGUUGCGCGCUCAUUUCUUGAAGGCGGAUGCUGGCAAUAAAGGGAAAAUCAACUUCUCUGAAUUUAAAGACUUCGUCACACGCCUCAGGGAGCGGAGGGAUGUCAGGGAAAUCUUCAAGAACAAUGCUGUCGAUUAUCGUGACGGGUUGACCUUGGGGCAAUUCCUGACUUUCCUUCGCGAUGUGCAAAAAGAGGACGUGGAUUCCGACCGUGCUUACUGGGUAACGGUUUUUGAGAAACUUAUCCGCAAGUCAAAGCCUCGUACCCAAGGCGCCGUCGAGGCAUCCGUCGAAGAUCAGCCACGUCUCUUGAGUAUCGAUGCGUUCUCGUCAUUUCUGGCGUCUCCCCGUAACGGGGUAUAUGCUUCUCGUUCCCCGCAGUCUAAAUUCGACCGGCCAUUGAACGAGUAUUUUGUGUCGAGCUCGCACAACACAUACCUACUGGGCCGGCAAGUUGCCGGUUCUUCAAGCACCGAAGCAUACAUUAGUGCUCUCACACAGGGAUGUCGCUGCAUUGAGAUUGAUUGUUGGGACGGCGCGGAUGGUCGGCCCAUUGUAUCUCAUGGGAGGACUAUGACAACUAGUGUUCUAUUUGCGGACUGCAUCACCGUUAUUAAUCGCUAUGCAUUCUUCUCCAGCGAAUUCCCCCUCAUAAUAUCUUUGGAAGUGCACUGCAAUCCUGAGCAACAGCUUGCUAUGGUGAAAAUCAUGAAGGACACUUUUGGAGACCAGCUGAUCUUGGAGCCUCUCCUUGCAAACUCGGUUAUCCUUCCGUCGCCGGAAGAGCUCAAGCGUCGCAUUCUCAUAAAGGUUAAGACGUGCGAUGAGCCUCAAGAGACUACUCGGCAAGACAUGAUGAACCCUGGUAUUUCGCACGGCCGUAAACGCAGCGCGAGUUCCCCCUUCAUGCGCCCUUCAAUGCAGGAUAAUUCUCUCAUUCCGCCUCUCCACUCACUCUCAAGCCCUCCGACAAUGGUUUCCGACGGUCCUGGUCCCGGUUCAUUUUUGGUUCCUGAGCGGAGGUCUCUUACUACAACCAGCCUCAGUAGUGCGACGGAGGACAGUGACGGGGCUCUUGUCUCCGCCCGGAAAGAAAGAAAAAGGCGCCAAAAAAGCAAAAUCACCAAGCCGCUGUCGGACUUGGGUAUCUACACACGCGGCUACAAAUGGCAUAGUUUCCACUCUCCCGAGAGCCAAACGUACAACCACGUGUAUUCGUUCGCAGAGCGGUCUUUUGAAAGUGUCUGCCGAGAACCGAACAACAAAGCUCUCUUCGAAAAGCACAACCUGAAACACCUCACACGAGUGUAUCCCUCCGGAUUUCGCCUCCGGUCAUCCAAUUUCGAUCCACUGAAGUUCUGGCGACGUGGUGUCCAAAUGGCUGCUCUGAACUGGCAAACUUAUGAUAUUGGUAUGCAGAUGAACCAGGCUAUGUUUGCUGCGGGAAGCGAUCGCACUGGCUACGUGCUAAAACCGAAAUCCCUCCGUGUUAUUUCACCAGAGCAAGACACAAGGAUCACCGAACGGAAGCUCGUUCGAUUUUCGGUCGAUGUGAUAUCCGCCCAGCAGCUUCCCCGACCCCGAAACAUGCCUGUGGAUGGAAACAUCAACCCAUAUGUAGAGAUCGAAAUGUUCAGUGCGGAUGAUCGUGGCCAGAGCUUUGUGUUUGGCGAAGGUGGCAUGAACGCUUCUGCCCGGAACGGCAUGUCUGGCAUUGGCUGUCCUCAUCGUCGACGCACGCGCAUCGAGCAAAGAAACGGAUAUAGCCCAAACUUCAACGAAAGCUUCCGCUUGUCGCUGGAAACCAAAUAUCCGGACUUGGUGUUUGUCCGGUGGACUGUUUGGAGCUCCAUGGAUGGUCGAAGCACUGGGAACAAUGGCAGCGUUCAACUUGCUACAUUUACUUCUAAGCUGACCAGCCUCUCUCAAGGCUACCGGUAUCUACCAUUAUAUGAUGGGAGUGGUGACCAGUAUAUUUUCUCAACUUUGUUCUGCAAAGUUUCGAAAGAGGAGCCGAUCCCUGUUCGUCGCCUUAAUGCCGAUGAACUCAGAGCUGAGAGAUUAGGCAUCCUGCGUCAGAUUGGUCAAACGGUCUUCAAGCGUACCUCGUCAACUGAACGGGAGAAGAAUGACCAGUCGGACAGAGGAACUGAGACUCCUCAAGUGGGCAAAGAGACCUCUCCAACUUUGACACCAACCAUUUCCACUACAUCAACCGCGUCCUAA